AAAGAAGCAGAGCGUGGAAGCAGGAAGUGGGGAGUUAGUAAAUCGCAUAAGGAAUAUCACAUAAACAAUACUACAAAAGAAAAGAAGAAAGACGAGGGUAACUUUUUCUCUCAUCGAUUGAAAUGGCGGGUAUCAAAGCACUCGUUGGUUUGUCCUUCAGUGGUGCUAUCGGACUUACGUUUCUUCUGCUGGGCUGUGCACAAUAUGGGGUGUACUGGCCGCUGUUUGUCCUGAUUUUCUACGUAUUAAGCCCUCUCCCCACCUUCAUAGCCAGGAGAGCCAGUGAUGACACUGACUCCACCAGCAACGCAUGCAGGGAGCUUGCUUAUUUCUUCACUACUGGCCUUGUUGUGUCUUCUUUUGGGCUUCCGAUUGUUCUAGCCCGCAAGGCAGCGAUCGAGUGGGGUGCUUGUGGUCUGGUGAUGGCAGGAAACACUGUCAUCUUCCUCACCAUCCUUGGUUUCUUUGUUGUGUUUGGAGGUGGUGACGACUUCAGCUGGGAGCAGUGGUAGAGUGCCCUGUGGAAUAUGGACAGAUGGGCAAAUGGAUGGAUGGGUAGCCUGAGGCCAGAAGGACAAAAUCUCCUGCAUUUACUGGUGGAUGAUGCACACAUAUAGGGCCUAUAACGUCAAAACUAAAGGCCACGUCAAGCUAAAACUUGUGUUAUAUCAUAAGGAGAUUAGUGGGUUGACAGCCUUAUUCCUGUGCUUCAUGGCUGGGGCCUAAGAGAAUGACCUCAGAUGUAAUCAUACUUAAUUGUAAACAUACCGCUGUUAUGCAAUACCAUUAACCCCUGUCAGUACCCACCGCAGCAAAUUUAUCUUGACCUGUUUCCUGUUUGCCACAACCAACCAAACCACCUUGCUUAAUGCAGCUACCUGCCUAUGCGUUAUAUUUCAGUUAACUAAUAUAAAGGGAUAUUCAUGAUAAAUAAUUGUACUUUGAUCUGCAGUGCAAUGCUCCCCGUUUCUUCUUUCACUCGUUCUUCAAGGGAAAAUAUGCCGUGCUAAAAAUAUGCCUUGCGUACCUUGAACACCACUGCUGUUUCAAAUACAGUGACAAGGCUGAAGAUGUUCUGUUCGUCCAUUUUAUCUGACAGCUAGUUGUAGGAUGCCUUAUCUGGCAAAGGUUUUAAUUUCUGUAAGGAGAUUGUUUUAUUUUGUAUCAUUUUGCUGCAAGACUAUAAAGCCUUGAUAUUAAGUCCUAACAUAAAUGUUUACACUCUCACCAAAGAACAUUGUAGACUGUAAGAUAGAAAUGUAUUUUCAGUACUGGAUUGUGGAUUCUGACCUGUUCUAUGCAGCAUCAUGAUGUAGAUACCAAAACUGUUUAGUAAAAUGUAUUAAUCUCAGCCUCUAUAUUGAAUUGUGGGAACGUUCCAGUGACAAAGAUUUGACAUCCCUUCAUAUCAGUGUGUGGAUGACAUGCUGAGAUUCGUAACAUCAACUAAAGUUAAUGAUAUUACAUUGUGAAUUGCAUUUUCACAUAUUGAAUGUUAUAUACAUGUAUAAAUGCAUGUCUUUAGACCAUGUUCACUUAAGUCCUUUUGACAAACCCCUAUUCUAUACACAUUCAUAAGUGCCUUUCACAAAAAAUAUAUAUUUUUUACCUAGACAAGAUGUAGUUUGAGUAGAAAUUCGAGUCAAUUUUGAUGCCUUGUGUUAUAUUUGUCGUUGUCAGGUGUUCGUAUGGUUUGACUAUUGGUUAUUAUUGAGUUUCUUUUAGGUUUUUUUUUCUUUUUCACUUCGUACUUUUGAUUUGAUGACUUGUCAAUCACUGCUUCAAUUCUAACUUGUUGCAAUUGCAGAUUUUCCAACACACGACUGCUUAACAAGUGAGAGCACCCUCUGUGCCUUAAUGGUUUUCCUAUGCAUUAAAUACAGCCACUACAAAAGAACGUGUUUUGGUUCACAUUUUGUGAUUCCUAUACUCACGGCACCCUGAAAACACUUGAGGAUGCAAAAGAGGUCUCAAAGCUUCAACUAAAAAAAAAAAAAAAGGCAUUCUGUUCUGUAACAUCAAUUAAAGCUCCAAGUAAU